ACUUGUUUGCAGUCUAGCUUGUUACCGGAUACCGGGACCCUUCUAUCUUACGUAAUGUUGGUAUCUGUUCUCAGCCAUUCCUAACCAAGUUACUCUUGAUUAAGUUCGCUAUAUAUAGUGGCUAUAGCUUACGUUUUCGCAAGUGUGACGUCUACAGGCGCCUCAGACUAUGCCGCCUCGGAUUAGGCGCAAUGCCACUAACAACGCCGAGUCCGGACGCAUCAGGCUGCCGGACCUCCUGUCUCGCGAUGUGUUAUUUGAUGAACGAAUAACGGCUGCGCAGCUGGAAGCUGUGGAAGAGCGCCUGUCAUCCAUGGCACGCAGCUCGCGGGUAGCUGGGCGGCUGCUCCUCGUGGACCUGGACAAGGAAAUUGUGCUGCGGAUUCUUAAACUAUUUGGACUGGCGCUGCGUAGGUCUACUAAUGCGCUUUCGCCAGGGAUCGACGAUGCCGUCCGCUCGGGCUACCGCAAGCUUCGCGCCUUCAUCGUUAACCAGUUAUCGGAGACUAUCUUAGCAGAGGACUACGCUGUCACAUCUCUUCGCCAGAUGCAAAUUGUUACCAUCAUUCUUCGCACGGAUGUCCUCGACUGCUACGCCACUCAUCUCCUGCAGCUAGCAACAGCGCUGCAGGAACGGCCUACUCGGCGGAACGCUGAUGCUGCAAGGGAUCUUAUGUUAGAGACCUUGACCCUCCUGGAAGCGCUCUCAGACGCAGACGACGUCUGGAAGUGGGCAAGAUCCAAGUCGCCCAUGGGCACGACUGCCAACAGCUUCGCUCGACUAGCCUACAAGGACAUGUUCUUACAUGCCCUGGCCACAAGCCACGUGCUGGAAGCAUGGGCGGCCUGCCUGCUUCGACUGGCGUCGCGCGAGGAAUUCGACAUCCACGCAUCCAAACUCCUCAGGAGCUUUACCACAAUAGUCCACCGGAGACUCGACCUAGUCUUCGACGAGCAUGAAUUGGUGGCGUUGCUGCGAGCUUCCCCGCAGCUCAACUACAUGCUAAUGGUUCAUGUCGUCCGGGUCAUCGCCCUUCUCGAUGGAGGCGACAUGUUCGGCUUGCCGGAGUCCGCGCCGGAAGUACCCGUCUUAAGCCCCAGCGGCGCGAUUGUACGGCGGAGCGGCUCCGGCGCUGUCGAUUCGCGACUGCUCGGCUGGACGCUGGGAAUCUGGCCGACCUUCCUGACGUCCUUAAUUUCGCCCGUGCUGCCUACGCUGGAGCGGAGUGCGGAAUCCAUGUUGGAAGCAGCGUCGAGGCUAGCGGCGAACCGUACGGCAGACGAUGGCGCGGUUUCGGAUGCCGUACAGGCGUCCAAGCAGAAGAGUUCGGAUAUGAUGGCGCAGGUCACCUCGGCGCACGACGAAAACCCGGCACCACCGUACAACACAUGCGCAGUGUUCAGCAUUGCCAUCCGAUUAGCACGCGCAGCCAUUGACGCCUACCUAGCGCCGCCGCCGCCAUCAUCGUCAUCAUCACGCUCUGCGGCGCCUGCAGUGGCGCCGUUGGAUUGGAGGCUUUGCGGAACGUUGGCCACUACGGGCCUGAUAGCCGCAUGCAGGGCUCUGUCCAUAUUAGCCGUGUUAGCAGCCCGCUCGGCGGCCGUAUCCUGGACGCGGGGCGAUGCCCGCCGGCUUCAUUUGCUGUGUCGUACGUUUGUCGACAGCGUUGAAGCGGCCCUCGGACCGCGACUCGGCGUCCAGGAGGCGGCGGCGGCAGCGGCGCCGGGGCGUCAAGCGGACAGGCAGCACACGCGGGAUCGCCCCGGAGUGCAGAAGAUCUGGCCGGGGCUGGAGAAUGUGAAAUUCUCAUUGUUCAGGCGCAUUUUUAGCGCCCCCGUCCAUGACUUCUCCCGGCCGCCCAGCCCUGUCACAACCGCCCUGCUAGACGCCGGCAUCCUGCCCUGCCUGGAGCGAUGCAUCCGUACCACGGGAUCCUUGUCAGAUCUCUCAGCAGCGCAUCCGUACUGGCCCGAGGUCCUGCCGUACGGACAGCUCCAUGCAGUGGCGUCGUACAUUAUGACGGGGACCAAGGUUGUACGGCAAGCGGCCAUGGGGGUGCAGACGGUACCGGCGCCGGGUUCCGGAGCAAGCGAUGUGGGUCGGGGUUUUGAGCCUUCUGGCACGCGCAGGUCAUCCGGGCAGGCGAUGGAGGGUGCCAGGAUUCGUAAGGGAGGUCCGGGGAGCCUCAACGCGGCCGAGGGACAGAAGUUGGCGGCGGCGCAUCACGCCAUGGUUUGGAUCCUGGAGGUCUUUGACAUGGACGAGUUUUGUUUGGCAGUGGGGGUUGUGGUUGAGGAGGAGGAGGAGGAGGUGGAGGGGACGGGCGGGAGUGAGGUGGGCGGAGGCAGCAGCACCCAGGGCGGUGACGACGGGGUUGGCAGUGAGGACGGCGAGCGGCUCAGCGGUGCCGGCAGCAGUGGGGAAAGCAACCGCGGCAGCGCAGAUGGGGGUGACGGCAGCAGCGGCAACUGCAGCAGCGGCGAGGGCAGCAGCCGUGACGGCAGCAGUGGCGGCAACAGCCGCAACUCAGCGGACACCGCAAGUGCUGCCCACGAUGUGACAUUACCCCUCGUUCUUUACCCUGUACGACCCGCAUUCGAACAGGCGCUGCUGCUUUGGUCCUUUGCCUCGCUGCAUCUGCUGCCGGCCGCGGCACUCCUCCUGCAAAGCGUCGUCGCCCUCACUCCAUACCUGUCAAAGGUGCCACCCGUGGUGCUGUACGGCCCCAAGGCCCCAACGGGCGAAAAAGCCCCCAACGCCUGCCUCUUCGCAUGCCAGCUGCUCCGCUGGUGUCGGUUGCUGCUCGUGGCUAGCAUGGGCGUGCACUGCGUUCACGAGCCCAGCAGCGGCGCUAGCGCCGGCGUUGACGAGGGCGUUGUACGGCAACAGCCAUCAUCAACGGACGCCGCUGAUGUGGCAGAGGCAGAGGGCGCAGCAUCAGCAGCCGCAGUGGCGGCGGCGGCGUCCAUGUCAGCAUCGUCGCCAGCGGCGGCGCCGACGUCGCCGUCACCGCUGCCGGAGACCGCUGCCGAGCUGCGGACGCUGCUGCUCCGGGACGUUGACUUGGUCGGUGUGCUUGGGGCCGCCGCCCGUUUGCUGGCGGGCGAGAGGGUCAGCGGCAGCGGCGGGCCCUCACGCCGGUCCGGAGCCGGCGGGGAAGGCUACAGCAGCUGCCAACUGAAGCAUCUAAGUUGCCUUUUGGGCUGGAUGCUGCGAGCCUUGGCAGCGACACCUGGCUAUGCGGGGGACUUGUGGAAGGCGCUGAGGACGGGGGGAGGGGGACAGGCGCGCUCACAGGAGGGUUCGCGGCCUCCUGAGGUCCAGCAGGCCCCAUCCGGUGGCUGCAGCGGGCCUGGUGGCAGCGCUGGUGGCGCCAUGGCCGGCGUGUUGGACGCUUUGGGUGCCGUACAUCGUACGGCGCUACGGUACGACGAUCUGCUGGAGGUGUUUGGCCCCGGCGGACAUUUCCCGGAUGCAAAUGUCAUGGCGGAGGUGGAGCGAGUGGCCGGGGUUUCACCGGCAGGAUCGGCGGUGGCGCCGCCGCCGCCGGUGUCGUCAUCGUCGUCAUUGGCUGCAGACGGGGUGUUGAUGGAGCUGCUGGCGAGCAUGUGUCCGGAUGCAACAGUUGCGUUGCGGAUGAUGCCGCCUUCGGAGGUACGGAAGCGGCUGCCGCUGCCUGGGCCUUGUGCCAAUCCUGCUUGCGUCAACCUGGCGGGGGACAGCGAGCAGGAGCUGUCACUGCCGCACAGGUGCAUGAUAUGCAAUAAGAGCGGCGGCACCGGCAGCGGCGGCAGUAGCAGCGGCGGUGCCGGCGGUAGCAGCGGUGACACUAGUAGCAUCAAGGAGGUCUGCGUGUGUAGCCAGGAGUGUAAAGAUAAGCACUCGCGCUUUGAGCACGGUUCGUGGGGUUUCUGGCGGCGCAGGUCAUAGUUUGUAGGGCGGGGGGCGAAGUGUAGCGGUGCUGGAGCAUGGGCAUGGUGUGUUGACUUGCUUGGAGGAAAGGAGCCGAUAGAACUACAGGUCCAUGCCGAAAGUGAGCGGCAAAAUUGGGCAACGCGGGUGUAAGCUUAAUGCAGUUGUGUGAUUGCGCGUGAUGGGAAACGACGGCGCGUGGUAGGCAGCGAUGGGUUGGUCCAGACCUCUAGCGGUGUUGCAUGCUGGUCUAGGAAGGCUAUUUGUGAGCGAGGAAGGCAUGGGUAGAGUAGCCAUGUUGUGCACGUUGGUACAGCGCAGGACGUCCAGGGGUGUGGGGUCUGCUACCUUGCUACAGGGCGCAUGGGAGAACGAGUAUUCGAGCAGCGUGUUGUACUUAUGAACUAUGGGAGAGCUAGAACGGUCGUGAUCUUCGGUGGAGGGCCAGGGCGCUUUCUCCGUGGGGCGCGCCGCGCGCCUUGGGAUUACGGCUUGCGUGGUUGGGUAACGCAGGUCACCCAAGGUGUUACAGGUUGGCGUGCGCAUACCGGUAUUAAAGGAUGCGGCGGAUAUGCAUGUCGCAACUCCCAGGUUAGGGAUGCAGUAGAGAACAUUGGAAGGGCUUUGGCAGGACGGUUGCCGUGGCACGUCGUGUAGGGGACCUUUGUAGCAUGCAGCAUGAACGAGCCGUGAAUUGAGUAUUACCUGUAACGGGUUUUGUAUG